AUGGUUUCAAUCGUUCUAGGCAGUCAAUGGGGAGAUGAAGGAAAGGGGAAGAUCACAGACAUGCUGUCGCAGGACGCGACGCUUUGCUGCCGCGCAGCUGGCGGCCACAAUGCCGGCCACACCAUUGUCCACGACAAUGUCACUUACGACUUCCACAUCCUUCCCUCCGGUCUCGUCUCGCCAAAAUGUAUCAACCUGAUUGGCGCCGGCACCGUCUUCCACGUCCCCAGUUUCUUCAAGGAGCUGUCUGAUAUCGAGGCCAAGGGCCUGAAGGGCGCCGCACAGCGCAUCUUCGUCUCAGACCGCGCACACGUCUGUCUCGACCUGCACUCCGUCGUCGACGGUCUCGAGGAGAAGGGUCUCGGUGGCCGCAAGGUCGGCACCACCGGCAAGGGUAUCGGUCCCUGCUACAGCGACAAGGCCGCACGCCGCGGUAUUCGCGUCGGCGAGAUCCUGGACGAGGCUACCUUCGAGCGCAAGCUGCGCACCUUGGAUACCUCCUACCGCACACGGUUCGGCGAACUUGCAUACGAUGUUGAGGAGGAGCUUGCACGGUUCAAGGAAUACCGCACCCUUCUCAAGCCCUACAUCGUCGACCAGCUCGAGUUCCUGCAGGAGCACAAGAACUCGCCCAACACACUCGUCGAAGGCGCCAACGCCCUCAUGCUCGACCUUGACCACGGCACAUACCCCUACGUAACCUCCUCAUCGACCGGUCUCGGCGGCGCCGUGCAGGCCCUUGCCCUGAACCCCGCCAGCAUCAAGUCCGUUAUCGGCGUUGUGAAGGCCUACACGACGCGUGUUGGCUCCGGACCUUUCCCCAGCGAACAGCUCAACGAAGUCGGCGAGAAGCUGCAGAAGGUUGGACGCGAGUUCGGCGUGACUACUGGUCGUCGUCGUCGCUGUGGAUGGUUGGAUCUUGUUCUGUGCCGCUACUCGCACGCUAUCAACCACUACACCGCGCUGAACUUGACUAAACUUGAUAUCCUUGAUGACUUUGAUGAGAUCAAGGUUGGUGUUGCUUAUAUCUUGCCGGAUGGAAAGCGCACUACGGGCACUUUCCCUGCGGAUCCUAAUGUCGUCGAGAAGAUUCAGGUCGAGUAUGUUACUCUGCCUGGAUGGAAGUCGAACACUAUGGGUAUCCAGCGUUACGAGGAUUUGCCUGCUAAUGCUCGUGCUUACAUCGAGUUCAUUGAGCGUGAGAUUGGUGGUGUCCCUAUCAAGUGGAUCGGUACUGGUCCUGCCAGAGACCACAUGAUCGCUCGUGAUUAA